AUGUCGCAAGAUACGGGCUUGUUUAGCAUCAAGCGCCCCCGAGAGUCUCUGGCGCACUUUUCGGCUCUCCCUCAACCGUCGUCCGCCCUGAAGCGCACCAGCUCGAUCGGCGCCUUUGGGAACCCGCCUACUGCCCAGCACACACGCAUGUCGCUGUUGAACUCCGCCAGUCGCCCUCAACAGCCAAACUUCCAGCGUUCAUCUUCUGGAGGAGCUUUCGGAGCCGAUGCGGGUCUCUCCUCGGUGAGGCGUUCUGUCUCAAGCAAUAUCUUCCACGGGGCCAGCGCCGGCCGCCAAAGCUAUGCGCCGGGCUCCUUUUCUUCCAACCCUGCAUCCCAGAAUUUGCAGCGGAGGAGUAGUGUCUUCUCAAGGCCAUCCGCUGGUGUAGGAGGCGCUAUGGGUCACCAGUCAUUCUUCACACAGGUCCCUAACGCGGCUGGUGUCCCGCGGGACCCUCGACCCCUGAGGGACCGAUCUUUUCAAGCUCGGAUCGGCCAGGAGCUUCUAGAGUAUCUAACGCACAACAACUUCGAGCUAGAGAUGAAGCAUACUUUGGGUCAAAAUACCUUGAGGUCUCCAACCCAGAAAGAUUUCAAUUACAUCUUCCAGUGGCUGUACCAUCGCAUUGAUCCCGGCUACCGUUUUCAGAAAAGCAUGGAUGCAGAAGUACCGCCUAUUUUGAAGCAAUUGCGCUAUCCUUAUGAGAAGGGUAUCACAAAGUCACAGAUAGCAGCUGUCGGAGGUCAGAACUGGCCUACGUUCCUUGGUAUGCUGCAUUGGUUGAUGCAACUAGCCCAGAUGAUGGAUAGGUUUAUUAUGGGAGAAUACGAUGAGGCUUGCGCAGAAGCUGGUGUAGAUGUUUCAGGGGAUCGCAUCAUUUUCCGGUUCUUGACAGGGGCUUAUCAUGACUGGCUACAGGGCGGUGAGGACGAAGACGAUGAGACAGCCGGGCAGAGGCUAGUCCCUCACAUCGAAAUGAUGGCUCAAGAGUUUGAAAGGGGCAAUGAGAAGUACGUGCAAGAAGUGCAAGCCUUGGAAGCGGAAAAUCGUGCACUGCGCGAUCAGAUCGAAGAGAUGGAGAAGAGUGCUCCCGAUAUGGCCAAGCUAGACAAGCAUUUCAGGAUUUUGGAGGAUGACAAGAGGAAGUUUGAGGACUACAACCAGAAUGUCCAGGGGAAGAUUGAAAAAUACGAAAAUCGCAUUAAGUUCCUGGAGGAUGAGCUUCAGAAGACUGAGGCAGACCUGCAAGCGGCCGAAGACGAGCGGGCAGGACUCCAGUCCAGUGUCGACCGACAAGGCAUCACUAUCCAGGAUAUUGAUCGCAUGAAUACGGAACGCGAUCGUCUUCAAAAGAUCCUUGAUGAUACCAUGGGUCGACUUGAAGAGACGCAUAGCCGAGUGAUGGAGAAGGAAAAAGAGGCCAGCGAAAAGCUGGAGGCCCUCGAGGAAGUUGUCAAGGCCUACAACACAUUAGGCUAUCAAACUAGCCUGAUCCCUUCCUCUGCGGUCAAUGCGAAGGGCCAGGACUAUGAGCUCAGCCUCAACGUCAACGAAAGCAAUUUCUCCGCGUCGCAGAUUGGGUCCGCACCUAGCAGAAUAUCCCCGGAGGGCGAUCGACUGCUAGCAGAGCCAUUCACAGGUUAUCACCCGGCACAUUUACUGAGUCUGGACUUGCGGGGAACGGUCCGCAGCAGUCUGCAGACUCUGCGCAAGGACAUCAAUGAGCGACGAAAGCGCGCAGCAGAUGAUGAUUUGGAUCGGCGCAAUCUUUUGGAUAAUAUCAAGGAGGCCAUGGAUGAGAAGCGAAGCGAAGUGGAAGCUCUGGAACAUAGACGACGCGCUGCAGAAGAAGAAUUUGAGCGGACUAAAGAAAUUACUACUACACAGAAGCUUGCCUCCGAUGCUCAAAUCGAAAAGAUGGAGAAAGAGCUAGCCAAGAUGCGGGCUACUAUGAGUGAGAGCGUUCAACUCAUGGAGCAACGUGAGAUGAACACGAAUAUUGAGUAUGAGCAACUGACGCUCCGAGCGAAUGCGCUACGGGAGGAACUACACACCAACGUGGAAAGCAUGUUGAAUGAUGUGAUUCGAUUCAAAGUCCAUGUCCAAAAGGGCCUCGAAGACUACGAAGGUUUCGUUGUUGAUGAAGUCGAGCAGGAACUCGGAGGCGACAUGGUACCGGCGGAUGAUAUUCCUCCGGAGGAAGAAUUGUGA